AUGCACCUCGAAGCCUCGAGGCGCGACCUCGGCGUCGUCGCCGUCGCUCUGCUCACGUACUUUAGCGUCUGCGCCGGCCCGUUCGGCAGCGAAGCGCUCGUCUCGUCGUGCGGGCCGCUCAUCGGCCUCGUUGCGCUGCUGGUCUUUCCCGUCAUCUACUCGCUCCCGACGACCAUGCUCUUUGCCGAGCUCUGCAGCGCGUUCCCCGUCGACAGCAGCUUCUGCACGUGGGUCGGCCUCGCGCUCGGGCCGUCCAUGGGCUUCUUUGUCGGCUACUGGUCCUGGCUGGCCAGCGUCGUCGACGCGACCGUCUACCCGUGCUUGGUCGUCGACACGUUCGUGCCGCCCGACGUGGCGUGGCUGCCGCGCACGCUCUACCGCCUUGGCGUCGCAUUGGUCUUCACGAUCCCGUCGCUCCUCGGCAUCCAGCUCGUCGGCCAUGCGCUCGUGUACCUCUCGUUCUUCAUCUUGACGCCGUUUGCGCUCCUCUGCGUCGUCGCGCUGCCCCGGAUCGACGCCGCCCAUUGGGCCGUCGUGCGUCCAGACCCCAACUGGACGCAACUGCUUGGUCUCCUCUGCUGGAACUUUCGCGGGUUUGACGCGACUGGCGCGUACGCCGGCGCCGUCGCCGACCCGACGCGGACGUUUCCGCGGGCGAUGGGCUUGGCGCUGGCGAUGACGAUCGCGUCGUACUUGCUGCCACUGCUGGCGGCCGCGGGCGUCAACGACCCCGACUACCGUACGUGGAGUGACGGCAGCUACCCGGUCAUUGCGACGGCGAUUGGCGGCGCGGGUCUCGGCGCAUGGAUCGCGCUCUCCAACACAGCCAGCAGCUUUGGGCUCUACUUGGCCGAGACGACGGCCAACGGGUACCGCCUCGCCGGCAUGGCUGACAUGGGUCUCGCACCCAUCUGCUUUGCCACGCGCACGGGGCCAUCAGGGACUCCGCGUCGAGCCAUUCUCUGCAUCCUUGCCAUCAGCGUCGGCAUGUGUCUCGUGGACUUUAGCACGAUCCUGGGGAUCACGAACGGCCUCUCGUCGCUGACGCAGCUGGUGGAAAGCGUUGCCGCCUUGCGCCUCCGCUACAUCCACCCGGACCUCCCCCGUCCCUUUCAAGUGGGCCUCUCGACGCCUGCGCUGAGCGUCGCCAUGGUGGUUCCGAUCGCCCUUGGCGGGUUCAUUGUUGUCAACCAAGUCUGUCUCAAUAUGACGUCGCUCGCAGUCUGUAGCGCGGCGAUUCUCGUGGGCGUUGGCUUGCGUCUGCUCGUGAUUGCACCCCCAGAGGCCGCCAGCGACCCCGAGUGCACGCACCUCCUCGCUCCGUCCAGCGUCUCGAUCGACCUUGAGCUGCGUGAGCCCGUGGCGCCGUGCAUACCGCCUUGA